AUGCACAAGAAGAGAGAGAAAGUAAGUGAGUGGUCGAGUGAUCAGAGAGAGAGAGUGAGAGCAUCCUCUGAAACCCUAGCCUUGACAAUCGCCGCCUUCCCCAGAAAGAUCAUUCUACUUUUCUUGAUUUCGAGAUCCGUCGCACGCUUCUUCGAUUUCUUCUCCAAUCUCUCUCGCAUCAUCAUCAUCAUCAUCAUCAUCAUCAUCAUCAUGUCGCUGUUUCUGAAAGACGACUCGAUUCAAAUCCGCGAGGUGUGGAACGACAAUCUGGAAUCAGAGAUGGCGCUGAUCCGAGAAGUCGUCGACGACUUCCCUUUCGUCGCCAUGGACACAGAGUUCCCCGGAAUCGUCUGCAGACCAGUCGGAACUUUCAAAACCAACACCGAGUACCACUACGAAACCCUGAGGACGAACGUCAACCUCCUCAAGAUGAUCCAGCUCGGCCUCACCUUCUCCGACGAGAAAGGAAACCUCCCGACCUGCGGAUCCGACGGCAAAUUCUGCAUCUGGCAGUUCAAUUUCCGCGAGUUCGACCUCGCCUCCGACAUCUUCGCGCACGACUCCAUCGAGCUUCUCCGUCAGUCCGGCAUCGACUUCGCGAAAAACAACCAGAUCGGGAUCGACUCGAGUCGAUUCGCGGAGCUCUUCAUGUCCUCCGGGAUCGUCCUGAACGAAAACGUCCACUGGGUCACGUUUCACAGCGGGUACGACUUCGGCUACUUGCUGAAGCUCUUGACCUGUCAGAACCUGCCGGAGACUCAGGGCGGCUUCUUCGAGAUGAUCGGUGUGUAUUUCCCGAGGGUCUACGAUAUCAAGCACCUGAUGAAGUUCUGCAACAGCCUCCAUGGAGGACUGAACAAGUUGGCGGAGCUGCUCGAGGUCGAGCGAGUCGGGAUUUGUCACCAGGCGGGAUCUGAUAGCUUGUUGACCUCGUGUACAUUCAGGAAGCUUCAGGAGAACUUCUUCAUUGGUUCCAUGGAGAAGUAUUCUGGUGUUUUGUAUGGAUUAGGUGUUGAAAAUGGUCAGAUUGUUCACUGA